AUGACCGACAAGCCAAGCUUUGUUGCAGACCGACCAGAAGCAGAAACUGCAGAUAGCUUCAAGCUAACGCUAGCUACAGAUUAUUAUCCCCAUUUUGGGGCUGUUCUAAGUCGUUGGUUUGCUGGCUCCCGUAAGGCUGGCUUCACUGGCCAAAAAUGCAGAAAUAUGAGAAGCUUGAAAAAAUCGGAGAGGGUACGUACGGGACAGUUUUUAAGGCUAAAAACAGAGAAACUCACGAAAUUGUGGCUCUGAAACGGGUCAGGUUGGACGACGAUGACGAGGGGGUGCCAAGUUCUGCCCUGAGAGAAAUCUGUCUCCUGAAGGAACUAAAGCAUAAAAACAUAGUCAGGCUACAUGACGUUUUGCACAGUGACAAGAAGUUAACUUUGGUUUUUGAAUAUUGUGAUCAGGAUUUGAAGAAGUAUUUUGACAGCUGCAAUGGGGAUCUAGAUCCUGAAACUGUGAAGUCAUUCAUGUACCAGCUGUUGAAAGGUCUUGCUUUCUGCCACAGUCGAAAUGUUCUUCACAGAGAUCUGAAGCCGCAGAAUCUCCUCAUUAACAGGAACGGGGAGUUAAAGCUGGCUGACUUUGGGCUGGCUCGAGCCUUUGGCAUUCCUGUAAGGUGUUACUCAGCAGAGGUAGUGACAUUGUGGUACCGGCCUCCAGAUGUGCUGUUUGGUGCUAAACUUUAUUCUACCUCAAUUGACAUGUGGUCAGCUGGCUGCAUAUUUGCAGAGCUGGCUAAUGCUGGGAGGCCUUUAUUCCCCGGGAACGAUGUGGACGACCAGUUGAAAAGAAUCUUCAGAUUGUUGGGUACACCAACUGAAGAACAGUGGCAGACUAUGACAAAACUCCCCGACUACAAGCCAUAUCCCAUGUACCCAGCCACCACCUCUCUGGUGAACGUGGUCCCCAAACUAAGUAGCACAGGACGGGAUCUACUCCAGAACCUGUUGAAAUGUAAUCCUGUCCAGAGGAUCUCUGCAGAAGAGGCCUUGCAGCACCCUUACUUUGCAGAUUUCUGUCCACCCUAAAUGCUACAGUAAAUUGCCUCUCCCUGAGCCUCAGCCACCAGAAUCAAUCAUCCUUCCCUCUGUUGGGUCAUUAGCACCGGUCUCAACAAGGCAAAUCCCUCACCAGUUUUCAAAACACUCCCCUGCUUUAAUUCUGCCGUGCCUCUGUGUGGAACAAAGUCCUAGUGGCUCGGAAAGGUUUAAGGUUCUUUUAAGUGGCCAGUCUGUUUAAUUUGGUACGUGUAAGACCUUCCAGUCAAUUAGCGCUAAUGUGGGAGGGAGCUCUUGGUGUUGCAUUGAAUCUAUUUUAUACCUGUGGAUAUGGUCGUCGACAAAAAAGCCCCAUAGCUCCCAAAGAAUCAAAGAGACAUCAGCUUUUUCUUGUUGCUUUUAAAUAAGUGUUUAUGAUGAAAAUAAGCUCUCUGAAUCUGUGGUGAUCUCAUUUGAUCAAUUUAUUUUUGAUUGACAGUGUUGCACACACACACACACUCUGCAUCCGACACACAAACUGCCUUUCUUUCAGUACGGCUUCUGUUCUCACUGUAAUGAGUUACGUCAAGUAGUUUUUGUCAGUUAGAUUUUAAUAUCAGUCUUCACAUCAGUGUAGCAUGAUGAUAUGAGAUUUUCGAUGCCAAUACCAACAUUGAUCUUUUCCCACACCACAAAGACAAGCCUGCUUAGCCUAGAUUUUUAUUAGAGACACCAAACGUUGGUUAUAUUAACAUGCAGUUCUUGUUACACAUCUUUAGCUGUACAAUACACCUGGUACUGGUCCAUCUGUACUGGUUUUAAUGGGGACCACAGAUUCCUUAGGAAGAAAAUGGCACAAUGAUGCUAAAUAAAAUAAAAUAGAUUUGUCAGUUUAAGAAUAAUAGAUGGGUUGGUUUUAUUUGUUGCAUUAUAAAGGUUAAGUCUUUUUUUUUUUUUUUUUUGAAGAUGGUUUGUUGUUUUUCAACACUGUAUUGGACAAGUUUUUAGUUUUUGUUUUUAAAUAUAAUUUCCAUGGAGUCAAGAGCUAUAUUAUUUGAAGUUUCAUACUAAAUCCUGUUCAUUAUUAUUCACUCGAUAUUGGAAACAUUACACCAGGCAGGGUUGGUAAUUUUUGAAAACGAGCACGAUUUUGAAAGCGCUAGUGCUCCAUCUGCACCCACCCCCUCCUCUCUGUGCUCGCCCAAAGGCCACACCCCUCACUUACAUGCCCAAACACCAUUGGUCCAGUGUGGGCUCGUGCAUGCAUAGGGUAGAGAACGAGCAGGGAGACAGGGAGGCGUGAUUGGUUCAUCAGAUUGGCACCUCCAGGCAGGCAUUGGUCAAAGUUUUUACAGGUUUACAAUUGCUACAGAUGACGGAUUUUCUUCGUUCCUUUUUCAGAGCACGAGUUAUUAAUGUCUGUCAGGACCUACGGUAAAUACAAUUUCAACCAAAAUCUUUAAAAAAGUGUAUCUUGAGAAAAUGACCAACCCUGCCUUUAAUUGUGCUUUUUUUUUUUUUUUUUGGCGUUCUGUUUGCACUCCUGGCUAUGAGGUUACACUUUAUUUUGAAGGUGUGUUCAAUAAACACAGCCUCUGUUUCCUCUGUAAUAACUUUUAAACUACCAACGACCAGACAGGAAUGUUAAUCAAAUAGAGAGCUGUGAAAUACACUGUUAAGGGUUUAUCAAGUGAUUAGAACAAGGCUUUGUCCCACUACCUGUUACCAGAUUGUAUGAUAGUAUGAGAAGAUGAUUUAUGAUUCCCCCCCUUAGGCUUUUUAUUUUCCCUUUUAUUUUAUUUUUUUGCACACUUUAUAACCAACAGAUUAAUUUAAAAUAAUUUACAUGUCCAUGUUUUUAUUGAUGUUGAACACUGACAGCCAGGAUUCUAGACACUUAUCAGUAAAUGGGCCAAUAUAUAAAUAUAAACCUUAUGUUAUUGACUAGUGGACCAUUAGUGAUUACUUUUUUUUUGUAUUCUUUUUUUUUUUUUUAAAUGAUCUUUAUCAGUUAAAUAAUGUGUUUGUACUUUUCUCAAAUGCUUUUGUAUUAGUUAAAUUAUAGAGUCCACUGAUAAUCUGUAUUUUUCUAUGAUUGUUUUGCACCAUUAGCUGUUUUCAUUUUGUGACUUCUUCUAUUAACACGGUAAACAGCUUGCAACGUUUCUUUAUCUCCAGAUUGUUACAGUGCUAUUAAUCCCAUAAAAGCCUACAUAAUGAGUUGUUUGAAGUAGAUGUGUUAGUAGAGAGAGGAUUGGUUUUCAUUUUGCUGAUGUGAGACACGAUAAUGGAUGCAUGUAUUUAUUAAUGAUGGAAUGUCUGCUCAUUUGUCUGCAUUCGUUGUAAAUGUAGCACCACUGCAUUUUGCAAAGGAACUCUCCUUUUGAAUGAUUUCAUGAUCGGUAGCAUUUCGCAGGCUCUUUUUAGGGUUUUGAGUUUUUGAAGGUUGUUUUUGUGUGUGUGCGUGGAUUAACUUAUAAUGAAAAAACAAAAUGAAUUGCUCUCAGUAUUUCAUUCUCUCGUGAUAACCGAACGUUUUUCAGCUUUAGAGUUCACAGUUGAAACUUUGAUGUUGACUGAAGAGUGGAUUUUGCACUUUGACAGUAUCAUUUAGUAGAACUUAGGACAGCUGUUUUCAGUGUUUCUUUUCUUGUAUAUUUCAGCCAAUAAAACUCGGUAUUCAGAAACGCGAACAUAAAUGCAUUAAGUUUGCUCCUCAGAUUUGAAAGUUGAUUUUAUAACUUGAGACAUGUUUGAUCAAACUGAAUCAACACAAGGUCUAUAGCAACUGUUGGGACCUCUUGAUCGUAUCACCUGACCUUUCUUAAAGGAUGACGUUUGUCUGCUACAAAGUUGAAGGAUUGUUGUCGUUCACGUUGACUCAAAAUAUGUGAAAAGUUUCAAACUUUCUUAAAAACGGGUUAACUGAAGUCUUGAAGCGUAUCAAGGACAAGGGGAAAAUCUAAAUUUGCAGCGAUGUGAUUGAAAAGCUCAGGAGCAGUUCAUAAAUAAACCUUUUGUUGAAAUGUA